AAUUGCCAUCUCUGACAGAUAAAAGAGAUAAUAUAUAGUUCACCGGAAAAUUCUAAAGGCUCUAGUAAUAAUGAUUAUAAAUAAUUAUUAAGAAUUUCCAGAUAGGUCUGUUCAACUUGCCGCCUAUAACGAUUAUCCCUUCCACGCGUAUAAAAGACUAGCUCCGAACUGAACGGCGCAGUGUAGCCAAUGUAGCGACGCUCGUGUCUGUUGCUCUGUGUUUUCUACAGUCGUUGUCAGUUUCUCGCGUUCUGCAGAAUCUUAUCGGCUUUUCAUGUCGAUCUAUUCGAAUUUCUCACAUAUUCAUAUAAAAAAUACAACAGUUGACACUGACUAGUACACUUCGAUUACACAGAAAACAUCGUUAGCCAUGGAGUCAGAAAAAAUCAAUGUGCCUUACUCGCAGAGUGGAGACAAGGAACAGGACGAGAAACUGCUCGAGCCAUUUACUUACAUACACCAACUGCCAGGAAAACAAAUCAGGGCUAGGCUGGCUCAUGCCUUCAAUUAUUGGCUAAAAAUACCCGAUGAUAAACUGCAAGCCGUCGGCGAUAUAACGCAGAUACUUCACAACUCUAGUCUCCUGCUUCCACCUUCCAUUAGCACUAAAAGAGCGAAGUUGCUCGUUUUAAGUGACCGGGGUACUACUUCUCCAGAAUUCGUCCUAUCUACACAACUGAUGCAUUUUAUUUGCAUAGACGACAUUCAGGACAACUCCAUUCUCCGUCGUGGAAUUCCAGUGGCACAUUCGAUUUACGGAGUGGCCAGUACAAUCAACGCGGCCAACUACGUCCUCUUCAUCGCUCUCGAGCGGGUCAUCAUGCUGAAUCAUCCCGAGGCCACCCAGGUGUACACGGAACAGUUGCUCGAGCUCCAUCGCGGCCAGGGUAUGGAACUCUACUGGAGAGACAACUACAUCUGCCCUUCGGAGCAAGAAUAUAGGAAAAUGACUAUGAGAAAAACUGGCGGACUAUUCAAUUUAGCUGUGCGACUGAUGCAGCUAUUCUCCGAGUGCAAGGACGACUACUCUCAGUUGGCAGGGAUCCUGGGACUCUACUUUCAAAUAAGGGAUGAUUACUGCAAUCUUUGCUUGCAGGAGUAUACAGACAAUAAGAGCUACUGCGAGGAUCUCUCCGAGGGUAAAUUCAACUUUCCAAUAAUUCAUGCGAUCCAGAAUCAUCCGGAAGAUCGUCAAAUAAUGAAUAUCCUUCGACAGCGCACCAAGGACGUCGAAGUUAAGCGCUACUGUGUCAGUCUUCUCGAGAAGUUUGGCUCUUUCGCUUACACAAGAACUGUUUUACGCGAACUCGACAAAAAAGCACGGGACGAAAUUGAGCGGCUGGGUGGAAAUCCAUUCCUUAUUAAGAUCUUAGAUGGAUUACUCACGUGGGAUCAAAACCGAGAGGCUGAGACGCGACUUACUAAAUGUUAAUUGACUAUCUAUAAGGAUGACCUAACUAAUUGCCACGAAAUGACUUAUUUAUGAUUACAAAUGUAUCCAUGCUAUCUAUUGUUACGUAUGCGAUCAGGCUAGUCGUGUGUGCUGAAAACGUUGAGUCUAAUUGGGCGUCUGAAGGAUGCCACGUAUUUUCAUUUCGACUGCACUCGUUAUGGUAUUCUGAAUAAGUGUGUAAUUUCAUGUAUCAAGAUAACGAAGAUAAAUAAUAAAACAGGUUAAAAGUGAUUUGCAAUUUUUAAA